AUGGAUGAUGACUACUUGAAGCUGUUCGUGGAGGAGACGUCGUUUUACAACCGGGCUGUGCUGGGGGCGUUCUUGCCGGAAAAUGUGUGGAGCGGCCUCCCUCACUUCCUGCAGGGUUGGCUCCGCUGUUACAUCGGCGGAACCCUACUCUAUUUGCUCUCCGCUUUUCUCUGGUCCUUCUACAUUUACUACUUCAAACGCCAUCUUUAUUUCCCUAAAGAUACCAUCCCUAGCAAUAGAGCAAUGCUCUUGCAAAUAGGGGUUUCAAUGAAGGCUAUGCCAUGCUAUUCUGCUCUUCCAGCAUUCUCAGAGUACAUGAUUGAGCAUGGAUGGACUAAAUGCUAUCCACGAAUAAGCGAUGUGGGAUUCCCUCUCUACCUUGCGUAUCUAAUCGUUUACCUUGUGAUCGUGGAGUUCGGGAUCUACUGGAUGCACAGAGAGUUGCAUGACAUAAAACCUCUUUACAAGUAUAUUCAUGCCACACAUCAUAUUUACAACAAGCAAAACACACUUUCUCCCUUUGCCGGAUUAGCAUUCAAUCCACUAGAUGGGAUACUGCAAGCAGUGCCACAUGUAAUUGCUCUCUUCCUCGUACCCACGCACCUCAUGACACACAUGAUUCUGCUGUUCGUUGAAGGCGUGUGGACUGCAAACAUUCAUGACUGUAUCGAUGGCAAAGUGUGGCCGAUCAUGGGCGCUGCCUAUCACACCAUUCAUCACACCACGUAUCGCCAUAACUACGGGCACUACACGAUAUGGAUGGACUGGAUGCUUGGAACCCUUCACAAGCCCACUGAUGAUGAGCUCAAGAAGAUGUGA